AUGGAGGUCAUGCACCUGCAUCAUCUGAUAACUCAAAGAGCCCCCACCAUGGUAUUGAGUUCAACCAACUCUACGUGGUUAAAGUAUGCGUCCCUGGGGGUGCUGGUGCUGCAGACCACUUCACUGGUGCUGACCAUGCGCUACUCCCGUACCCUGAAGGAAGAUAGUCCUCGCUAUCUGGCCUCGUCAGCUGUAGUGUCAGCUGAAGUCCUAAAGAUCUUCACCUGCAUCUUCAUCGUUUUAAUAGAGAACAAUUACAGCGUUCGAGCCAUGAACCUGCAGCUGAAGGAGGAGAUUGUAACCAAGCUUGCAGAGACCAUGAAGCUGGCCGUGCCUGCAGGGAUCUACACUCUGCAGAACAAUCUGCUCUAUGUUGCCUUAUCCAACCUGGAUGCAGCUACCUAUCAGGUCACGUAUCAGCUGAAGAUCCUCACCACGGCGCUGUUCUCCGUCUCCAUGCUCGGAAGGAGGCUGGGCCUCUACCAGUGGCUCUCCCUGCUCCUCCUCAUGGCUGGAGUCACUUUGGUUCAGUGGCCCACAGAGUCUGGGGGUGACACCGAGCAGAAGGUACUGACUGCCAGCUCCCAGUUCAUGGGACUCAUGGCCGUUCUCAUGGCCUGUGUGUCCAGUGGUUUCGCUGGAGUUUACUUUGAGAAGAUCCUUAAGGAGACUAAACAGAGUGUGUGGGUCCGUAACAUACAGUUGGGUCUGUUUAGCUUUGUUUUUGGAUUUUUAGGAAUGAUGGUGUACGAUGGCCAGAGUAUAAGAAAGUCGGGGAUGUUUCAGGGCUUUAAUAUCAUCACCUGUGCAGUUGUUGUCCUGCAGGCUGUGGGCGGGCUGGUCGUCGCCGUGGUCAUUAAAUAUGCAGACAACAUUCUCAAAGGGUUUGCCACCUCACUGUCGAUCAUCAUGUCCACGCUCAUUUCCUAUUUUCUCCUGAACGACUUCAACCCCACAGGGAUGUUUUUUUGGGGGGCCGUGCUGGUGAUUGCUGCUACGUUUCUUUACAGCUACGAGCGAAAACCUGCCAGCAGUGCCAUCAAAGUGUAG